AUGGACUACGUUCAACCCACCUUCCAGCAAUUCUCACACCAUCCGAACCAUGAUCAUUUGAUUUCCCAUAUGCCAUCAGGCUCCUAUAACGAUCACCAACAUCUUCUUCACGGAUAUGCCUUAUCUCAACAUCAAUCCAACAUGAUGAAUAUGCCUAAUGGACAGAAAGCCAACGAGACGAAACCUCGUCUUGGGAAGGAUGAAGUUGAUAUUCUGGAGCGCGAGUUUCAGAAGAACCCGAAGCCGACGACUCAAACCAAGCGUAUAUUUGCUGAGGAUAUGGGUGUCGAUUUAUCGAGGAUUAAUAAUUGGUUUCAGAAUCGUCGAGCCAAACGUAAGCAAGAGAAGAAAACGGAAGCCUAUGAGGCUGGUCAAGCGCGGGAAGCAUUAGGAUACUCAGCAUCCGCGCCCUCAUCUCCGGAUUUCCCUCAAAGCAAUUACAAUGGUGAUUAUCAAAUGGCGCCGCAACAGCCAUGUUCGAUGGCAUUCUCUACCACCGGUCCUCCGCCAGCGACGGCUCCCUAUAACCCGCAGUACCAAGAUCCCACGACCGCGAGUCUCGAGUCCCUUACACGUACCAUGGCUGCCGCUCAAGCCGCCUCUCAAAGGGGAGAAUUUUCCGGCAGCUUUGAUAUACAACACAACGAACCCCAUCACCUCGCUGAUAUGCAGGGUCUGGCGGACUCAUCCGAUCUCGAUCAUGCUCAAUUUCCAGCCGGCUUUGUGUUUCCUCAUUACGACGGCGCCCCGUUCAAUUUUGGACCGUCAUUCAUAAACCAUGUGUACCAUGAAUCAGAGCCAUUAGAUCCAUUUACUACUGCGGAAUCUGGACAUACACCAACAGCAUUCAAUUCGUUCUCUGGUGAAAGCACUACCAGGUCGUCACUCUCGACAGCCUCUGUUUCCUCUCAGGUUAUCCCUGAAUCCUUUACGGAUGUUCUUACUUUCAGGCCACAUGAGAGCAGCGACGACUUUGAAUCGCCUGAGAUCGGAUCAUCCUCAUCCCCCCCACCCGCCUCGUCUCUCUUCAAGUCCCCACCACCACCAACAGAUUUAGCCGCCAGGCGGAAGAAGGUUUCUGUCAAGCCGGCCAACUUGGGGACCGACACAAUGCGAAAUAGGCCAUCAAUGGGACCAAGGACCAUGUCGAAUAUAGAUGGACUCCGUCGCCAAGUUGGCAGCCCUCUACCUUCACCAAUGCGCAGGAUCGUUUCGGCAGGGGCUAACGUUCUCACUGGUCGUAUUCAAAAGCCUGCAAUCGAGUCGGCGCAGCGGUCGCCUAUCAAUAUACAAGGAUUCGAAAAUGCUGAUUCCUUCAUGGAACAGAAUUCCCACAUGUUUCGCUAUCCUAGUUUGACCGCCGGUUCAUCUCUCACGAGUAGUUUGGCACCACCAACUCCCAUGUCGCCAAGAGAAAGACACAUGUCACUGAAGAGAGAGAAUUCAUCCUCCCACGAAAACGGGUUACACAACUUGUACAACAUGCACAACCACAGUUUUCCCUCUGCAUUGAUGGAACCCAGUCAGACCACCGAUCAAACACCACCAGAGACACCACAAGUCUUGUUAGGAUUCCAAAACACUCUCACGUCCGGAUGGCCCAGUAACACCGAACACCACAACCCAGACUCGCAUUGGGGUUUCGACAUUCCCGAUGAUCCUCUCUACACACCCAACCACGAUUCUUUCGCGCCCGAAUUGUCCAUGCCUCAACCUUCAUACUCCAGUCAACCAGUAACACCCGCGUUUGGUAGUUUCAACCAAGGAGGUUUCCUCUCGGGUAAUGGCCAUGAUUCUCCACAGUUCAACAACAAUGCCAGCCCGUUAUACACAUUGUCGAAUCAGGGUGGACCAGCCGAAUACUCGUUUCCACAGGACGGAUUUCCCAAAUUUCCGCACCUGGGUUUAGUGGGAAGUUCUCCCACGAUGACGACUAAACAAAAACAAUACCAGUUUUCCAACGUCACUCCCGCCGACUAUUCGGAGAAAUGA